AUGGCGGGGAAAUUAAGAAAAGACGCUACAAAUGUCGAAGAUGUCGCACUUAAACUUACCCAAGAAGGAUCGGUUUACCACAGAAUAAAGAAUUUACAGUAUGCAACGAUGUACAACAUGUAUUCUGAUGCAAUGCAAGAUUAUAAUGAAAAUAUGUUGCGGUAUCACGAAAAACGUUCGUCACUUUUGCAACAGCAGAGACGUUUAGUGAGGAAACAGAUUACCAGCGAGGAACUAGAAGAUUUGCUAGAUUCACAGGAAACUAGUCUAUUUGUAGAUAAUAUAUUAAAAGAAACUAAGAUUGCGCAACAACAACUGUCAGAUAUACAAACAAGACAUGAUGAACUACAAAAAUUGGAGAAAUCUGUUACCGAGGUCAAGGAUAUAUUCCUUGAAAUGGCUUUUUUAGUUGAACAACAAGGCGAUCAAGUGGAUUGCGUUGAAAAGUUUGCAAACAGAGCUACCGAUGACGUUGACGGUGGUAGAGAUAAACUUUUGAAAAAAGAUAAACAAAGAAAGAAACUCAGAAAGAUAAGGAAGAAGAGUUUGAUGCCAAGCAACAGUUUUCUAAGAAACGUUCACAAACAGAUCACACAUAACAAAAGGAUUCACGAAUUAUUGGAGCAAGUUGAAGAGACACGGGAGCUUAUCGACACGAUGAUUAAAAGUGUCGUUAUUGUAAAAAGUAUUCAAAAUGAGGCGUUGUCGAUGCACACAAAUCGAGAUAUUGAAAACGAACUUAGAACUCGAACCCAAGCCAUCAAUGCAUUAGCUCAUAGGAUUUCUGGUAAACUGAAAGUUUUUCACUUGUAA